UACAUAUCAAUAAAAAUAGUUUUUUUUUAUUUCACUUUUUCAAUUCCUUGCAUGAGAGGGAUUUCGCUUCAAUUGGUGAAAAUUUCGACUGUAAAUAGGUGGAUAGUCGAUCACAAAAUUCAAUCGUAAUUAGUUUUCAGUUACAUUUCACUCAUGUAGUGUAAAAUAAGUUCUUGUACUCCAUGAAAAUCCGUCGACUGUAACAACAACAACAACAACAACAACAACGAAGGCAGAAACAUUUCCAUUCUCUUUGAUUGCAAGGAAAAUGUUAGUUUUUCAAUUUUCUCUGUUGUUCGUUAUAUUUUCUUUAACUGGUUGUGAAUGUGAUACAUAUCGGAUUGGUUGUAGAAGAAAUGGUGACAAAUUGAUAACGAAGAAAGUGUUAAUUAGUGUACCAACAUCGAGUUCAUCGGAUCAUAUCAUUGUCUACGAAUACGUAGCAACAAAGUUCGUUUCGUUUAUAGAAUAUCAAAUUGGAAGUGGAUGUCAUGAAGAAAAAGUGCUGGCGGAAAUUGUCUUCACUGGAAACUAUUCACUGGAGUCGAAAUUUUUUCUUUACAACGUAACGAAAUUGUUGGUAACAUUAGUCGUCUAUGGUUUCGAACAAUAUAACGUUCCAUCAGAUUUCCAACCGAUACUAGUACCGCAGUUUCUCAUAACGGAAGACGAUGACACACCGAAAUUUGGAGUUGGUUUUCGCCAACCAAACGAUGAACUGCUGUACUUUCAAACGCAAUCAUCAAUCAAAACCAAAUAUUUAACAAAUCACACAUUGGAUUUUAUUGCGGAAGUUGAUCAUUUCAUAACUUAUGUUAGCUUCACAGUUGAUUCGAAAACUGCGGGUGCCACAUUUUUGAAAAUGAGCGAACACAAUUUUGCCGGAUCAGUUUACGAUGUGGACACAAUGCUGUUGACGGCAAAAAUGUUUGUGUACGGGUUUAAGCGAGAUAACGUGCCAGCGGAUUAUAAACCAAUUUUUCAAGCCAAUAAAGUGGAAAGUGCAGACCAAAAGGCAUACAUAGAUUCGCUACCGUUCUAUAGUGUUGUCAACGAAAGUAGGGACGACGUAGAUUUUUCCAACUCAAAUAGUCAAUUGGAUAAAUACGUUUUAUCGAUGUGGAUUUUCAGCGUUUCGGUACGAUUGAUGUAUACCAAUAUUUGGAUUUAACCCGUGGCAGCUGAAACAACGUCAAAAUACAUCAUCACCAAAUUGUACAAAUUCCUUUUUUUUCUUUUCUCCUCUUUUUUUUUUUGUUACAUUGUCCGGAUAAAAUAAAAAUGAUUUCAUCUAGAGAUAUCAAAUAUUCUCUUUGAUAUAUAAUACCGUCGUGUUGUCUAUUUCAUAUUUUAUGCACCACUUAAAUUGAACCUACAAUGUACAUGUUCAACACUCGGCGCUUUCACCGUUUGUUGUCGUUUGAUACUCAGAUAAACGUAAUUUCAUUUCAUUUUCAAUGCAUUGCAUACGUGAGUGCCAAUUAGGGCUUCUAAAAAAUUUUAUUACUCUAUUCGAACGGGCUCAUUACAGACGUAUAUUUUGUGCUUCUGCCUUAUUUAACGCCGGUGGUGAUUGGCA